GGAGCGAAUAUUCCUCACAGAGAUCAUCCAGAGGUUUAUGCACAGUACUGUCGUCUAGUGCUAUUACUCUUCAAGCCUUGGAGUCAUGCUUCCGAUUUACAUGCCAAUGGUCAGAGUUGGAUUGAUGCUUUCGAAUGGUUCCAAGUGAAGUGUCCUUCUUCAAUCGUCAAAAUGAUGAAUAACAUGCAGAUAUUACAUGAAUGUCACAAUAGCAGAGACGAU